AUGCGCGCCGACGGCGGCGCCUUCCUGGCGUACCAUGAGCCGGGCAUCGUCAGCAUCUUGACGCUCAUCUCAUUCUUCGUCUUCCUGGCCGUGGCGGAGACGGCCGCCGAGAGGGUCCUCGGCGCCGGCCUGCUCGGGCACAUGGUCGUGGGCCUUGUCUACGGCGCGCCCAUCGCAAAUAUCCUCGCGCCCGAAUGGCAGGACGCGUUCCUGGCCCUGGGGUACCUGGGCUUGAUUCUUAUCAUCUUUGAAGGUGGCCUGACCAUCCGGCUCGACCUGCUGGCCCAGAAUCUCGUGCUCGCCGUGCUCACCGCACUAGUUGGAGUCUUGACGCCUAUCGCGCUGUCGUUCGCGCUGCUCUACGCUGGUUUCGGAUAUGGCGCCAUCGAGGCCUUCAUCGUCGGCACGGCGCUGUGCUCGACGUCGCUCGGCACCACUUUUGUCGUGAUCAACAACGCGUCCAAGGCCGUCGACUUCUCGCAGACGCGCAUCGGCACUGUGCUGAUCAGCGCCGCCAUCCUCGACGACGUGUGCGGCCUGGUCCUCGUCAGCGUCAUCCAGCAGCUGCGCGGCCUCUCCGCGGGGGGAGGCGCCUCCACGAACCUGGGCUGGAUCAUCGGCCGCCCGAUCCUAGCUAGCAGCCUGCUCAGCCUGCUCACGCCGCUCGCCGUCAAGUUCGUGCUGGGCCCCGCCUUCCGCCGCCUCGUCAAGGCGGGCCGAGUGCGCCAACGCUUCCAGCACCCCGCGAACAUGUCCCUCACCGUGCUGCUCCUUAGCGCGUUCCUCGCCGUCGCCGCCUACGCCGGCGCGUCCGUGCUGCUGGGCGCGUUCCUGGCCGGCACCGUCGUCAGCAGCCUCCCUGGAAGGCCCGCGGAUGCCCGGCAUGAUAGCGCUGGCGACGCGGCGCUGGGCAGGCCGCCGGCCUUUGCCGAAACGUUUGGCAAAUACGUCGGCGACGUGCAGAGAUACGUCCUGCAGCCGCUGUUCUUUGCGAGCAUCGGCUUCGCCAUUCCGUUCCUGGAGCUGUGGACCGGCGAGGCCGUGUGGAAGGGCGUCGUGUUUGCCGUGCUGAUGGUGUGCGGCAAGCUCGUCGUCGGCCUGUGCGUGCCACUGUGGGAUCUCGUGGCCGUGAGGCAGCCUCCCACGGGCCCCGCCGAGAAAAUGGCCGGCGCCUGCCGCAGGCGCGUGCUGGCUGCGAGCUGGGCGCCCGGCGCGCUGCUGGGCACCGCCAUGGUGGCGCGCGGCGAGAUCGGCCUGCUCAUCAUCCAGAUCGGGCUCAACGACACGCCGGUUUUGUCGCGCUCGGCGUUUGUUGUUGGCGUGUGGGCCAUCUUGCUGAAUACUAUUGUCGGACCGGUCGCGGUCGGCUUCCUCGUCGCGCGUGUUGGCUUGCGCGUGGCGGAGAAUCCCCGCUGGGGAACGCAGGCCAGACGGCAACACGGUGUGGAAAUGCAGUCUGGCGGGGAGAGCCAAGGCAGAAAUGGCCAGGCCAGAGGCUCAAGGGAGGAAAUCCCUGGCUAG